AUGUUAGUCGCAAAAGAUCUUGCAGUAUUUGAUGACGACACACAGCGGUUCUACUCAUUUCAGUUUUGUAUAUUGCUCUUUCUGAUUGUUCCAUCGAUCCUUGCAUCUUUGUUUGCUUUAUAUUCUCUAAUUCUUGAUCAAAAUUUUCGUCGAGAAUUCCGUAGCUAUACGCUAAUUCUUCUCCUUCUGAUUAAUCUAUUCUACAAUAGUAUACAUAUUUCUUAUUUCAUCUAUUAUUUUCAUGCAUUUCGAACUUUUCUUAUCGCACCAAUGUCACGUCUUGUUUGGGGAUAUUUCGAUUGGCAAAUCUAUGUACUUCAAAUUCUUCUCUACGCCUGGUUUACAACAGAAAGACACAUUCUCAUUUUUCAUGAUAGAUUACUUACAACCAGACGCCGACGACUAGUUAUUCAUUAUCUUCCGCCAUAUUUCGUGAUUGUUUACUGUUUUGUCUAUUAUACUUUUGUGUUUUUCGUUUCAUCCUGUAUCAAUAACUUCAGUCGUUUAAUUCGGCCAGGCUUUUUCCCAUGUGCAUUUCGAAACGCAACACUUUUUCUGUAUGAUCUCAUCGCUCAUGGAGUCAUGCCUACUUUCACGAUUAUUCUCUCUAGCAUAGCUCUUUUCAUUCGUGUUUUAUACCAAAAACAUCGUGUACAACAGCCUGUUCAAUGGCGACGAUAUCGAAAACUAACAGUUCAGAUUCUAGUUAUUUCAUUUCUCUUUUUGGUUUUACUAUUUCCUCCGAUGUUAAUACAAUUUCUUCACAUAUGCGGCAUGUCGACAUCUGUUGGAUCAGAAUUCUCGUUACGAAUGAUAUUUGUCAGUUAUUACACAUUUCUUCUUUUUCUAAUUUUUACCAUUUCGUCAUUACCCGAACUACGAGCAAAGCUUAACAAAAUCUUACUGUGUUUGCAAUGUACUGUUCAACCAAUCAGCAAUACUCAUAUCGUCUACAUGUCCAUUAAUCGUGUCAGAAUUGUUAGAGAACGAUAA